UUUCCAUUUCCAUUUCCCUGCAUUUUCCUUCUGAAAACAGAAAAACCCACUCAGCGAGCGAAAUUGCUUCGCAAAUCACUCUCUAACUGAGUAACUGCUUUACUUUCCCUUCAUUUUCUUUCCUCCCAUUUUCCUCUUCAUUUUCAUUACAGACCAAACCCUCUCUAUAAAUACCCUUCUUCUCUUCUUCUUCCCCAUUCUCAUUCAUCAUCAUCAUCUCUCAAAUUUCCUUCAUCUCUUCUCUGUGAAGCUUCCAUGGGGCAGACAUUGGGUUGUGUGCAGGUUGACCAGUCAAGCGUGGCAAUCAAGGAGGUUUUCGGAAAGUACGAUGAUGUUCUUCAGCCUGGUUGCCACUGUGUUCCCUGGUGUAUUGGUAGUCAGAUUUCUGGUUCCCUUUCUCUGCGUGUGAAGCAGCUUGAUGUUCGUUGUGAAACCAAAACCAAGGACAAUGUUUUUGUUACUGUGGUUGCUUCAAUCCAGUAUCGAGCACUGGCAGAUAAGGCUGUGGAUGCUUACUACAAGCUCAGUGAUACCAAGGCACAGAUUCAAGCUUAUGUUUUUGAUGUUAUCAGGGCAAGUGUUCCGAAGAUGGAGCUGGAUUCUGCUUUUGAGCAGAAGAAUGAAAUUGCAAAGGCAGUUGAGGAAGAACUUGAAAAGGCUAUGUCAGCUUAUGGCUAUGAGAUAGUUCAGACUCUUAUUGUGGAUAUUGAACCAGAUGAGCGUGUCAAGAAAGCCAUGAAUGAGAUCAAUGCUGCUGCAAGAUUGAGGGUGGCUACAAAGGAGAAAGCUGAAGCAGAGAAGAUACUGCAGAUUAAGCGGGCAGAAGGUGAUGCUGAAUCAAAGUAUCUUGCAGGGCUUGGAAUAGCUCGUCAGCGCCAAGCCAUAGUAGAUGGGCUGAGGGACAGUGUGCUGGCUUUCUCUGAGAAUGUGCCAGGCACAUCAUCAAAGGAUAUCAUGGACAUGGUUCUGGUGACCCAAUAUUUUGACACCAUGAAGGAAAUUGGUGCAUCUGCAAAAUCCAAUGCUGUUUUCAUUCCACAUGGACCUGGUGCUGUGAAAGAUAUUACUUCACAAAUUAGGGAUGGUCUUCUCCAAGGAAAUGCAACAGAGUCUUAAAGGCUGACAUAUGAUACUACCACGAGUUUAGCUUCUUAACAGUAUAUGCAUAUAUGAUAUAUCUCCUAGAUCAUGACUCCACUGUCGUUCUACUUCUAUCCAGCUCAAACUUUUUUAAGUUGACAGUAGUGAAGUAAAUAAACCUGAACUGCAAUUAGUAUGUUAUUAGGCGAUGUUACUUUGUGCUUUUAUGCUUUGUGUUUGCUUAUGUGUAAUGUAGAGAGUUAUCCUUGGCUUUCUCUAUUACUAUCAGAAUCAGUCACAUAAGCUACGUAUUCCAAGUGGAUUUAUAGUACAUUUUGAGCAGAUAAGGUGUUUUCCACUGCAAAAAAUGAGUAUUGUCCAGAA